UAGGGUUGAGCGACUGGUACUGAGCCCAGCUGGACUUUGGGUGAGGCCAUUCUGCCAUGAGGCUAGCUGUGUUCUUCUCGGGGGCAUUGCUGGGGCUACUAGCAGCCCAAGAGACAGGGAAUGACUGUCCUCGCAAAAAAUCUGCCACUCUGCUGCCAUCCUUCACGGUGACACCUACAGCUACAGAAAGCCCUGGGACAACCAGCCACAGGACAACCAAGAGCCACAAUACCACCAUUCACAGCACCACCAGCCGUGGAUCCUCAACUGCCACUCACAAUCCUGCCACCACCACCAGCAGUCAUGGGAAUGCCACAGUUCAUCCCACAACAAGCAAUAGCACUGCUACUAGCCCGGGAUUCUCCACCAGUUCCCCCCACCCGGGACCACCUCCACCCUCACCAAGUCCUAUCCCAGGCUCCAAGAAGGCUAUAGGAAACUAUACGUGGGUUAAUGGUUCCCAGCCCUGCGUCCAGCUCCAAGCCCAGAUUCAGAUUCGAAUCCUGUACCCGACCCAGGGAGGAGGAGAGGCCUGGGGCAUCUCCGUACUAAACCCAAACAAAACCAAGCCCCAGGGGGGCUGUGAGGGUGCCCAUCCCCACCUGCUUCUCGCAUUCCCCUAUGGACAGCUCAGCUUUGGAUUCCAGCAGGACCUACAGCAGAGAACUGUCUAUCUGAACUACAUGGCUGUGGAGUACAAUGUGUCCUUCCCCCACGCAGCACAAUGGAUGUUCUCAGCUCAGAAUUCAUCUCUUCGAGAUCUCCAAGCGCCCUUGGGCCAUAGCUUCAGUUGCAGAAACUCGAGCAUCACUCUUUCACCAGCUUUCCACCUUGAUCUCCUCUUCCUGAGACUACAGGCUGCUCAGCUGCCCCACACAGGGGUCUUUGGACCAAGUUUCUCUUGCCCCAGUGACCAAUUCAUCUUGCUGCCUCUCAUCAUUGGCCUGAUCCUCCUUGGCCUCCUCGCCCUGGUGCUUGUUGCCUUCUGCAUCAUCCGGAGACGGCCAUCCACCUACCAGCCCCUCUGAUCAUUUGCCCAAACCCCCAGGGCACCAGGAGUACCUCCAUUUCUUCGCGAUGCAAUUGACUCAAAGACAAAGUUAUCUUCCUUCCUUGUCUUUCUUAAAGAACAAAAACAGAUAAUGCAAUUGGAAGGAGGGGAGAGAUUUUUAUUAAAUGUGACAGACUCCCCCAUCUCCAUCCCCAGUAGGAGAGUAGUAAAACCUACUCAAAUCUUUGUCCUAAGUUUCCCUUGUC